AUGGCUAGUUUGACUGCAAGGGCGAGUCGUAUCAGAAAUCCGGUGCUAUUUAUAUGUGAUAUACAAGAGAAAUUCCGAGAACACAUCUAUGAAUUUCCCAAGGUUGUAUCAACAACCAAAAAGCUCCUCAAGGCAGGCUCCACUCUCAAUGUCCCUGUCUACAUAACAACGCAAAACAAAGCGCGUCUGGGCGACACCGUCUCCGAACUCCUUUCUCACAUCGCGCCUAACGACAACCAACCCGGGAACAAAGUGAUUGCCAACAUCGACAAAACCGCAUUCAGCAUGUAUACAAACGAGCUAGUCUCUCAAUACCAAUCAGCCACCAACAACAAAGCAGACCCAAACCAGAAACUAGACGCGAUCAUCGUCGGCAUCGAAACACACAUCUGCGUCACCCAGACAACCCUCGACUUACUGCAAGCCGGGCAUCGAGUCUACAUCGUCGCUGACGGCGUUAGUAGCGUAAACCCGGAAGAAAGAGGCGUUGCAUUGGCUCGGCUCCGGGAUGCAGGCGCUAUUGUGACGACGAGUGAGAGUUUGAUUUUUGAGAUGUUGAAAGAUGCGAAAAGCGCGGGGUUUAAGAGUAUCAAUGGGUUGAUUAAGGAGUUUAAAGACGAUACGAGGGAGGGGUUGAAGGUGUUGUGUAAAUAUUGA